AUGGAUACGGAGGUGAGUGAGCUGGUGGUGUUGCAGCUGAUACAUACGCUGAUCUCGAACAAAAAUGAAGAACUGGUCAAGAACGGUGGAGGAAUUAACAUGAUCGGGAACAAUCUUCGAAUAUCGCUGGUAAAGCUGACGAACGAAAUACAAAAUAACGUGCUGAUCAACGAGCUAACGAACCUGAGGAGGCAAGGCGGUGUUGUGAACGGGAAUGGAAAACUGGGCAUCAACGAUAUCCUGACGAUUGUGAAGAGUCUGUUCCCCGGCUACAGGACAACGCUGAACGAUGGGCAGUUAAGCCUGCACGGCCUAGAGAUGCAUGAUAUUGAGAAACUCCUAGUGGGCAAGUACGAUGAAUUCAAGAGAGCACAAACCGAACAGAUAAGGGCGAUGGAGGACGAGAUCCAGAAGAACGGUAUAAAGAGCGGUGCAACGCAAUCGCAAUCGCAAUCGCAAUCGCACACAGGCAAGAAUGGAGGUGCCGUGAUAGGCACGACUACAGCCCAUGGAGGACAUGCUAUGGACCCCAAAAGAGAAAAGCUGUUGAAACUGUACAGGGACACUGUGCUGAAUAAGCUAGAAAGCAAGACAGGAAACUUCCAAAAACUGUUCAAGAGCCCCAACAACACAAUCAUCAAGGAUGAGGUCAACUACGAAGACAUAAAGAACGAGACGCCCGGCAGCGUUCACGAGCUGCAACUGAUCCUGCAAAAGUGCAUAACGGACGGCGUAAUGCGAGGGGUCAUAGGCACGGACGACUGGAAACUAGCAAGACAGGUUCAGCUGGAACUAGACGACACAGUACAGUUCAUGAGGAGAGCACUAGAAUAG